AUGAGAAGACCCAACUCCCGAGUUCCCAACACGCCGAACCCGCCCCCAUCCACUCGCACAACGACUACGCACAACGACUACGCGCAGCGGAUCCCGCUCUUCGAGGCGCUCGGCUCCGGCUGCAUCAGCGUCGAAGCCGACGUCCACCUGCGCGACGCCGACCUGCUCGACGGGCACUUCUCCACCAGCCUAAGUCCGGACAACCUGAACAACGCCCACAACCACACCGCCGGCGGCGGCGGCGCAGACGCAUGGCGCGGCAUCUUCGACAGGGCACCACAGCAGACCGUCCUCCUCCUCAUCGACCACAAGACCUCCGGCGCGCGCGCACGUCGUCCAGGCCUCACCAUCGUGGCCUCGGGCAACGCGCCCUUCGAUUCUGUAACGGCGCUCAACGCGACGCACCGCGAUAUAUUCCGGGACGCCGAGAUCGAGGCCUUGGCGUCGGUCCACGACGACUUCCCUGGACACGAAGCGCCGACGUACGCCUACAACGUCUCGAACUCGUACUUCGCAUCCACGCAGUUCGCGCUCGCGCAGCUGUGGACCAACGCCACGGCCGCGGCCGCAACUUCACCAUCAUCAACGCCGCGCCGUAACGUCGAGGCGGCGCUGCCGCAGAUCGAGCAGGCGCCGGUCCGCGGGCUGGUCGCGCGGUACUGGGACACGCCGGCGAGCCCGCCGAACCUGAAGGAGGUCGUGUGGCGGGUUCUGGUGGAGAGGGGGGUGGGCGUUUUGAACUUGGACGAUAUGGGGGGCGGCGAGGGCUCGGCGCGGGUCGUGGGGGAGGAUCGAGAAGUGAGGUCUGCUGCUGGGAGAAAAUGA